AUGGGGAAGCUCGAGGAUAACGAGAGGGUGAUCCUCAACGUCGGGGGCACCAGGCACGAGACCUACCGCAGCACCCUCAAGACGCUGCCCGGCACCCGCCUGGCUCUGCUCGCNNNNCCCGGCGGCGGCGGCCUGCUGGACGGCGUCGGCGGGAGCGGCUGGGGCCCGCGCGGCCAUGGCGGCGGCGCGUCCGCGUCCGCGCACGGCGGCGGCGGCGGCGACGCGUGCUGCGAGUUCUUCUUCGACCGCCACCCGGGCGUCUUCGCCUACGUGCUCAACUACUACCGCACGGGCAAGCUGCACUGCCCCGCCGACGUGUGCGGGCCGCUCUUCGAGGAGGAGCUGGCCUUCUGGGGCAUCGACGAGACCGACGUGGAGCCCUGCUGCUGGAUGACGUAUCGCCAGCACCGCGACGCCGAGGAGGCGCUGGACAUCUUCGAGGCGCCCGACCUCAUCACGGGCGAGCCGCCCGCCGAGCCCGACGACGAGCUGUCGGCCAAGCGCCUGGGCAUCGAGGACGUGGGCGCCGUCUCUUCCUCCUCCGCCAACGGCUCCCCUCUCGACGGCAAGGGCGGCCGCUGGAAGAGGCUCCAGCGGCGCAUGUGGGCGCUCUUCGAGGACCCCUAUUCCUCCCGCGCCGCGAGGUUCAUUGCUUUUGCCUCUUUAUUCUUCAUCCUACUUUCCAUCACGACCUUUUGCCUGGAAACUCAUGAAGCAUUCAAUACCAUCAAAAACAAAACAGAGCCUACUAUCAAUGGUAGUGAGGUGGUCCUGCAGUAUGAAAUAGAGACGGAUCCUGCUCUGACAUAUGUUGAAGGCGUCUGUGUGGUGUGGUUUACAUUUGAAUUUUUAAUCCGUGUUGUUUUUUCACCCAACAAACUUGAAUUCAUCCAAAACUACUUGAAUGUCAUUGACUUUGUGGCCAUUUUGCCCUUCUAUCUAGAGGUGGGCCUCAGUGGCCUCUCCUCCAAAGCUGCUAAGGAUGUGCUUGGUUUCCUCAGGGUGGUGAGGUUUGUGAGAAUCCUGCGAAUCUUCAAGCUCACCCGACAUUUUGUCGGCCUCAGGGUGUUGGGUCACACACUCCGAGCAAGCACCAAUGAGUUUUUGCUCCUGAUCAUAUUUUUGGCAUUAGGAGUGUUGAUAUUUGCCACCAUGAUCUACUACGCUGAGCGCAUAGGCGCCAAACCCAAUGACCCAUCAGCUAGUGAACAUACAGAGUUCAAAAACAUCCCCAUUGGUUUCUGGUGGGCUGUGGUCACCAUGACUACUCUUGGGUAUGGAGACAUGUAUCCAAAGACAUGGUCAGGCAUGCUAGUGGGUGCGCUGUGCGCGUUAGCUGGGGUGCUGACGAUAGCCAUGCCUGUGCCUGUGAUUGUCAACAAUUUUGGAAUGUACUAUUCUCUGGCCAUGGCAAAACAGAAGCUUCCGAGGAAGAGAAAGAAGCACAUCCCACCUGCUCCUCAGGCAAGCUCCCACACAUUUUGCAAGACAGACUUGAACAUGCCGUGCAAUAGCACACAGGGAGAAGUCUGUCUGGGCAAAGACAACCGGCUGAUGGAACACAAUAAAUCAGUGUUAUCAGGUGAAGACAGUACAGAAAGUGAGCAGCCACUGUCACCUGUGGAAAGGCUCCCACCAAUCAGACGUUCUAGUACCAGAGACAAAAACAGAAGAGGGGGAACAUGUUUCCUACUGACAGCAGGUGAUUACACGUGUGCUACUGAUGGAGGGAUCAGGAAAGAUAACUGCAAAGAGGUUGUCAUUACUGGUUACACGCAAGCAGAGGCCAGAUCUCUUUCUUAAUGGCUUGGGGAAGGCACAAAACAUGCAAGAAAGGUAAACACCAUCCAGGCUUGCAAUUUUAAACUAGCAGGUGCUGCUUGGUCCUAUAGUCUGUUUCUUCUCUAGGAUUCUUCAACAUUUUCAGAGGCAGAGCACUAAAUAGAAGCCAGAAGGAUAUGGAACCCCCUUUA